GCCGCGAGAAGGUCCUCCCGAGCCCGAGAGGCUCGACGGGAAGUGCUCGCGCGUCACUUCCGGAGGCGCCCGCAGGAUUAGUCCGCCGGGGAAAGGGCGCGUCGGCAUUCGGUGGUCGGCCGCUGCCUGAGUCACUGCGCGCGGAGCUGCUCCAGUCAUUCGCCCGAGGUGAGGUGAGUCGCCGCCGCCUCGCCACCCUUCUCUCCCUUGAGGAGCGGGCAGCCCGAGCCGCUUCCCAGGAGCUGUCACGGUUCGCUCCCGCCCCGGCAGCCCUGCUCCCCCCUCGCCCUUGCGCUGAAGGGCGCCUUUCUCUGCGGGGGCCCCUCAGAGAGGGCGAAAUAGCGCCUCACACCCCCCCCCAUAUAGGAGCAGAAGCUCGGCAUCUCCCUCCCCACCACUGUCGUGGUUGAGUCGUGUCCUGGCUAUUUCCUAUGUGCUCGGGCAGAGGGCCAGAGAGAGUGGAUACUGUGGGUCUCAUCAUCUGACUUCUGCUCUCACAUGGGGCUCAUGCAUUGCUUGAGAUGUGCUGCACCACUGCAAGGGCUGCAAUGAAAGCACCGCCAUUCCAAACUGGGCAAGAAGGGGGGGGUCAGUUUCCUAUCCAAUCACGGACUUCACUGAGAGGGAUAAUGCUUCACCUGGCAAAUAUUAUUGUUGUUGUUUAGUCGUUUAGUCAUGUCCGCCUCUUCGUGACCCUCUGGACCAGAGUGUGCCAGGCACUUCUGUCUUCCACUGCCUCCCUCAUGCUGGUAGCUUCGAGAACAGUAAUAAUAAUAAACCUUUAUUAUCACUACACCACCUGUGUGCAGUGAAAUUAAAUGACCCCCCCAUACACUUAAUUGCAAAUUCAGGGGAGUAACAACGGAUGGUCGUUAAUAUUUAUUAAAUUGAUAUACCGCCCUUCAUCAAGAGAUCGCAGGUACGUUUAAAACAUUUGUUGUUUAGUGGUGUCCGCCUCUUUGUGACCCCCUGGACCAGAGCACGCCAGGCCCUCCUGUCUUCCACUGCCUCCCACAGUUUGGUCAAACUCACGCUGGUAGCUUUUGAGAACACUGUCCAACCAUCUUGUCCUCUGUCGUCCCCUUCUCCUUGCGCCCUCCAUCUUUCCCAACAUCAGGGCCUUUUCCAGGGAGUCUUCUCUUCUCAUGAGGUGGCCAAAGUACUGGAGCCUCAGCUUCAGGAUCUGUCCUUCCAGUGAGCACUCAGGGCUGAUUUCCUUAAGAAAGGAGAGGUUUGAUCUUCUUACAGUCCAUGGGACUCUCAAGAGUCUCCUCCAGCACCAGAAUUCAAAAGCAUCCAUUCUUUGGCGAUCAGCCUUCUUGAUGGUCCAGCUCUCACUUCCAUACAUCACUACUGGGAAAACCAGAGCUUGAACUAUAUGGACCUUUGUUGGCAAGGUGAUGUCUCUGCUUUUUAAGAUGCUGUCUAGGUUUGCCCUCUCCUCUAGGCCAGUUCAAAAAGAGGGGGGGCUUAUAUGGCGGUGUUUUGGGUGCUUGUUCCUGACGAGAUGGCACCAAACAGCAGGGGAAGUCUCGUAAUCAAACGGAUACCAAAAAAAAACACACCACCCUACAGCCAGUCACUAACCCAUCAUCAUAUUUAUUUGUACCCCACCUUUCUCCCUGACGGGACUCAAGGCGGCUUACAGAAAAAAACGAUGAAAAUUCAUAUCACUACAGAGGUGGGGCAUUUCCCUCCUCUGAAAUCCUUGCCUCAGUUAUGUCUUGGCUGUUUUAGUUAGAAAUCUGUGGUUGAGGAGCUUUAGGGUGUUGUUGUUUUUGUUCUGUAAAUAAGACUCGCUUUCUGUAUUCAUUCACUUGUGUAAAAUUGCACUUUCACGUAACAAUGCGGUUGACAUUUCAAUGUGUUGCAUGAGGCCUGAUAAUGAAUGCAUGUGUGGUGGCCGUUGACAUUGUAGAAGGAGAGGUGCAUAAAUGAGAAGUGCAGCAAGCUACUACCCACGUGCAGCCAUGAAAACAAAAUACUGUAAAAGCGAAAGAGCAGAGGUAGAUUCCCCAAUGCACCUGUGUCUCUGGGUGUGUAUUGUAAAGGACUUGCACUCUGACCUUCCAUAGGUUCCCAGGUGGUUUAUAACAAUUACAGGAAACACAUUUUUUAAAUAAAAAAACCGGUGUUGCAUUGUUUUAAAGUGGAGCAGAGAAAUAAUCGGCAGAGAUAAAACUGAUUAGGUUAAAAGCCUGGGGAAAUAAAGGGUCUCAUUGAUGUUGAGAGAUGAAGGUGAGUCUCCCUGGGGAAAGUAUUCUACAGCUGGGGUGUCUCACACUAAAAAGGACCUUUCUCCAGUAGUCGCUCACCACCCGCCUGAUGCUGGUGGCACCUGAAGCACUUCCGUUUAAUAUUUUAACGUAUAGGCAGAUGUACUAUUUUACGAAAGGAAGGAAGAAACUGCAUAGGGUGCAGUGAACUGCUAUGUUCUUUCCACCAGCACUUAGGGGGCAUGGAUAGAGUAAUUGAAGGGAGGGGAGGGGAGAACACUGAUGCACGCUACUUUGUGAAUGUACAAACUUGUAUGUACAGACAGCAUAUAUAGAAACGCCUGCUUAAGGCAACAUUAUUGUGCAAAUAUAUGUACAAUUGCAAAUUGUUACAGUGGUACCUUGGUUCUCGAACUUAAUCUGUUCCGGGAGUCAGUUCGGCUCCCGAAAUCUUUCGAAAACCAAGGCACGGCUUCUCAUUGGCUGCAGGAGCUUUCUGCACUCAAUCGGAAGCCGUGUCGGACGUUUGGCUUCCGAAAAACAUUCACAAACCAGAACACUUCCGGGUUUGCGGCGUUCGGGAGCCAAUUUGUUCGACAACUAAGCCAUUCAGGAAUUAAGGUACCACUGUAUGUGCAAAAGUGCUCUGAAAAAAAUGAGCCCUAGGCACUUCAAAUCCUAUGUGUUUACAUAACCAUAGUUGUUCCCCUGCACUUUAAAACAGGCCCAGGUUUUGAGCAGUGGUCUCUUGUCAGCUCAGGUAGGAAUGAAACCACCUUAGCUUAGAAAACCUUUAAGGAUGUUUACAAGCUGCUGAGAGGUCCAGGAGACUGAGUGGGAUGCUUCUCCAUAAAUAAGCUUAGGUUGUGGACUCUACUUAUUUGGCCACGUGACCCAGAAAGCUGUCUGUGGACAAAUGUCAGCUCCCUUGUCUUGAAAAGCGAGAUGAGCACGGCACCCCAUAGCCGCCUUUGGCUGGAAUUAACUUCACAGGGGUCCUUUACAUUUUAGCUACUUGGAGGUUUUGAAGCAGAGGUUGGAUGGCCAUCUGUCAUGGAUGCUUUAGCUGAGAUUCCUGCAUUGCAGGGGGUUUGACUAGAUGACCCCUGGAUCCCUUCCAACUCUAAGAUUCUAUUAUUCUAAUUCAAAAAGCUGGGGAGAAAUUUGGCUGGAAGAAAGCUUUCUAAUUAUCUCUUUUUAAAACCAUGCCAAGAAGCUGGCUUUUUCUUAUGUUUCUGAUUUGGGGCCCAUUGUGAACAAUGAGGAGGUGUCUGCUCCUAGGUAAAAUCAUUUUUGUCAAGGUGUUGGGAAUAGCCGCAGUCAAAUGCUGGAUAAUAUGACAGUUGCUCAUAGUAAUAUUUUCCUUGGCAUGACUGGUGGUUGAGUUGCUUUUGCUCAAGGUCUGGUGGUUAAGAAGGAGUUCACAUUUCCAAUUAGAUUAAUUUAGUGAUCUGUGUUUUUUCUUAUAGCUAUGCCUCCCUUUGCAGCUUGGGGCUUGGCUUGCUUUCUUGAGUCAUAUUUCUUUGUAAGUUCCUCUUCCAGUUCACCCGCUGUAAGGGUUUGCUUCUUCCUUCUUUUAUUCUGAUGUUGUUGAUAAUUAUAAUAUUAAUUUUGUAAACAAUAUGAAAUUGCUCAAUAAAAAACAAACCUGGAAAGUUCAUGAUGUGCUAAUAUCCUAAUUAUAUCUCACCUUUAUAAUGAUGGGCUUUUCUACCUCAAACAUCUUUUAGCUGUAAUCUACCGUAUUUUUCGCUCUAUAGGACGCACUUUUUCCCCUUCAAAAAUGAAGGGGAAAUGUGUGUGCGUCCUAUGGAGCGAAGACGCCAUAGCCCCGCGACCCUCUCCCGGCUGGAGAGGUGACGCGCGGCUAUGGCAGGAGCCUCUCCGCUGUGCCUUUCCGCUGCUCCCUGACCUGCUCUUUGGGGCUGGUGGUGGGCUUCCCCCCGCCAGCCCCAAAGAGCAGGUUGAAAGGAGCCUGGAGAGCGAGAGGGGUCAGUGCACACCGACCCCUCUCGCUCUCCAGGCUUCCAAGGUAGCCGCCUGAACGCACCUUAAACGGCACCUUGUUUUAGAGCGGGAAAACAAGAGGGGGAAAGUUCUCCCCCUCUCUGCGCAGCGCCUCCUGCCGCUUCACUGAAGGGGCACUGGGACACAAAACUGGAUCCUUUUCACCUCACUCUCUACACAUAGAAACAUAUAAAAGUAAUAGGCCAACAAAGCAGGGGUGGUACUUCUUUUAAAAUUGCACCUUCCACUAAUACACUAGCUGGGUAUUUUUACAUGCUGUUUAUUUUAAUUUUAAUAAUAUGGCAUAAGAUCAUUUGAAGUGUCUUGUUGGAUCAGACCAAAGUCCAGCAUCUUAUUUGGGGGUUUUUUUUGGGGGGGGAGACAGUUGGAACUUAGAAUUUCUCCCUCUUUUUCUGUCUUCUGGCUUUUGUUCAGGUUCAGUUCAGAUACCAUGCAGUGCCGGAUUUACCGUAUUUUUCGCUCUAUAAGACGCACCAGACCACAAGACGCACCUAAUUUUUGGAGGAGGAAAACAAGAAAAAAAAUAUUCUGAAUCUCAGAAGCCAGAACAGCAAGAGGGAUCGCUGCGCAGUGAAAGCAGCAAUCCCUUCUGCUGUUCUGGCUUCUGGGAUAGCUGCGCAGCCUGCAUUCGCUCCAUAAGAUGCACACACAUUUCCCCUUACUUUUUAGGAGGGAAAAAGUGAGCCUUAUAGAGCAAAAAAUAUGGUACGUAUAAGCUAAACAAGCUGUAGCUUAGGGCCCUACUCUCUUGGGGACCCCCCAAAAAUUUAAAGGAAAAAAAACCUUGUUGUACAUUUCCAAAAUAUAAAAUAAAAAACUAAUAAAAUAAAACCUACUUACAGCAACAGUGUUUUAUGUUGUGUUGGCUCCUAUGAUGUAAGUAAUGGGCCCCACCUGCUCCCUAAAAUAUCACUGGUUUGCUCCUUUCUAUAUAUAGGGUGCCUACAUUCUGCAUGGAUGGGUUGCAAAUGUGCAAAUGGCUUUAGAUACGUAUUGGUCCAUAAAUUACCAUAUAGCAUACAUUCAACACAAAAAACAGUGACAAUUUGUUGUUGCCAAAAGACAGCUGGACAUAUAAAGAGCCCCAUUACCUUCAGUAGCUUAGGGCCUCAUCAAACCUAAAUCCAGCCCUGGUGCCGUGCCAAACUACAGCUAAUAAUGUUUAGCUGUGAUAGGAAGUCUGAAUUGACUAUAGUCUGCAAUUACCUGUUAAUCCAAAAUAGAAGUAUGAUUGGAGGUGGGCUUGCAAGCCAUCAUUUGCACUCACUAUAUCUUGGUGUGGUGUCUGAAUGAACUUAAGCUGAGAGAACAGAAAAUGAAAGAUGAGAAGCUUCUCUAAACCCUGGUUUGCUUAUUGUGCAUUUGGAAAUUGAAAAUGGGGGCUCUUAAAUUGAUAGAUGUAAUCUUACUUUAUCUUAAUAUCUGAACAGAGCCUUACGUAAUUAUAAAACAUAUUCUGCCUUUUUUGGUUCAAUUUCUCUUUAUGCAGGUGAUCCAAAAUUCAUUUUAAAAAGGCUACACAGUAAUAUGCAGUACAUAAUAUGUUCAUAUAUCCCCCCUCCCCCAUUUAAACAGCAUUGGCUUCCUAUGGUGUAAUUGAUUGUUCCUGUAUAUGCAAAUAGCUGCUUGAGUGCUAGUUCCUGUUGUCUUAAUAAAGUUCAAUAGAGAAAAAAUUGAGAAGUGGAGGAAGUAACGUCAAUAUUUUCCAUCAACUUAAUGUUUAAUUUGCCUUGGGAAAAUUGAUUCUCCUUUAGUUGCAAAGCAGUUUUUUGUAUGGUAGAAUGGAACAACUCAAGCCAAGCAAUAGACUUAAGAGAAUAAUUCAUGUAUGUUUCACUGUUAGUCAUUCACUGUUCAUCAUUCUUUCUGAUCUAACUAGGGUGUCUGGGUUGGGGUGAAGUUUGAACCAAAUUAGAAAGAUUAGGUUUGGUCUCUUCUGAAACAAUUGUCUCUAGUGUUGUGUCGCAGGAGUUUCGGUCCUCUGUCAAUGCAUAUAGCCCCAAUUAUUCAAAUUCAGUAGUCCAAGAUACUGAAUGCUGAAGGAGAAGUCUGUUGACUGAAAAUUAUAUCUUUUUCUAUGUGGGAGUUUGAACUAGCUUUUUAAUUAUAAAGGAGAGGGCAAAAUGCAUAAUAGGCAAUUGUAUCACAUUAGUUCACACCACCAAAUUUGUACUUGAAGACAAUAAAGGAAGAAUGUGGUUCAAAAUGUGUAUAUGAUGGCUUGGAUUUAACAAUUUUUUGGCAGUGCCUGGACUGGCUGUAGUACAGUGGAGAAUUAGAGCUAUCCUCCCCUAAAGACUUGGAAGAAUCAGGCUUGCAGAUUGGGUCAUUCAGUUGUCAUAAUGUUCCUUAGCUUUAGGCAGUGUUGAUAUUUUUGGAUUAGGAUUAUUAGCAAAGUACAGUGGUACCUUGGUUCUCAAAUGCCUUGGUACUCAAACUACUUGGAACCCCAACACUGCAAACCUGGAAUAAGUGUUCCGGUUUGCGAACUUUUUCCGGAAGCUGAACGUGCGCCAUUUUGAGUGCCAUGCUUCCAGUUUGAGUGCCACACUUCUGUUUCACUGCGGUCUGUCUCCUUUUGCUAUUUAUUUUGCAUUUUUGUUUUUGCAGCUCUUUUGUUUUUGUGACUGUGUGGAACUCACUUCAGCUACUGCUUGAUUGAUUGUGUGACUGCAGCACAUCGUUUAUUGCUUUCAUUUUAUGGAUCAGUGGUCUCAUUAGAUAGUAAAAUUCAUGUUAAAUGGCUGUUUGAGGGGUUGUUGUUAAUUGUCUGGAACGGAUUAACCCGCUUUGCAUUACUUUCUAUGGGAAAGCGCCUCUUGGUUUUGGAACGCUUUGAUUUUGGAACGGACUUCCGGAAAGGAUUAAGUUUGAGAACCAAGGUACCACUAUAGUAAUGGGAGGGGGCAGCUUCUUUUGUUACAGAGCAACCCCUCAUGAGCAGUAAGGUUUUGUAAUAAAAUAUGGAUGUCCCCAUUGGUAUAAGCUGAAAGCACAUGAAGUCCACCUUGCUGCAGCUAAGCAGGUCUGGAUCAGUGCCUGGUUGUGUCACCACAUUUGUUCAUAUAUGAUUGCAAUAAUGUGUGGAAUUAGUGUUUUACAGCUCAAAAACAUAUUCUGAGCGAAUGUGUGGGCAAUGUUUCUGCCAUAUCUGGACUUAAAGGGACAUGGGUGGCGCUGUGAUCUAAACCACUGAGUUUCUUGGGCUUGCCGAUCGGAAGUUGGGCGGUUGGAAUCCCUGCGACGGGGUGAGCUCCAGAAUCAGUUUAGUCCUUCUGGCCACAUGACCUAGAAAGCUGUCUGCGGACAAACGCCAGCUCCCUUGGCCUGAAAGCAAGAUGAGCGCCACAACCCUAUAGUUGCCUUUGACCUGACUUAGACUGGACCCCUUUAUCUAGGGGUCCUUAACCUGGACUACAAUUUCAUAGGGUCACCAGAUCCCCAUUCUUGCCCCACAAGGUAAUUGCUGCAGUUAAAGUCAGUGGACUGGACAGUGACUCAUUAGUUCUGCAGAAGUGAAGAAUGCAAUAAAACAGGCAUUUUAUUUUCUGACUUGAUCGUUUUAUAAAUGGGCUCUUGAGACAGCAAAAACAGUGUCUCUCUUCUUCUUUGGGUCUUGCCCAAGCACGCAAACAGCUUGUGACUGAGAGUUGAUUUUGCUUUCAGCCUCAGCACGAUGGAGUGUGUUGAAAUUCAAAAAGAGCACAUUUUAAAUUUAGUUGGGCCUUGAGCAGCGUGACUUGCUAUUGCAGCAGUCCUUUUUGGGAGGAAUGGAUGACUCAUCCAGUCAGGUGACUAUCUUUUUUUUGCUGUGUCUUCCUGAAAUGCCUUUUUUCCUAUCUCUUCGGAGCCAGGAAGGCAAAUCAUUUGCUUUUUCCUGAUUUCUUAGAGCUUGUGUUUGGAUUCCUUCAUAAGACUGGUGGAUUUUUUUUUGUGUGGCUUCCCCUAAGGUAUGGACCUUUUAGUAUUUUACCAUGCAUUGCUUUCUGGAUGAUUGCUUCGGACGAGAAUCUUGAUUGCGACACACAUGUGAUUUUAAUUUCAAACUGAUUCAGAUUUUGUUGGGAAAAAUGGAGUCUUUUUUUAAAAAAACCUUAGGUCAAAACAUAUUGGGUGCCCCAGUGUGAGCUGAACAAGGUAACUCUCUUGUUGCACUGUAAAAUGGUUAUUUAGUUUGGCUAAAAUUGAUCUCAGGCAAUCAACAUGCCAUGUUAUGGGUGAAAAUGUGUUUUAAAUUUAAUGUAGCAGAAUUCUUUAAAGAAUGUAGUAGAAAUGUGUGUACAGUAUUCAAGUCUGCAACUCCCAUUUCCUGAUCUCCAAAACAGUGUGUAACCUUUGUAAGUGGAUAGCUUCAUAAAAUAGUGGGAAUGUUAAAAACAGCUUUAAGGGAAAGAGGAAUCCGGUGAAAGGGUCAAAACCCAAAUAUGUUACCAUAAUUUACUCCCUUCUUGUUUAUGGCCAGAGUGUUUUCUCACAGUGUGCUAAUUAUUCAUAGUUUUUCUCCGCACCCUCUGUUCUGGAGUAACUCCUGAAUUAUGCUUUGGAGGGGGGAAAGUUUGGCUAUAAAUGCAAUAAAUAAGCUCUUCUCCUUACCUGAUUAAGAAAUCUGGGGGGACUGGCCAGAUGGAGAUUUCAUUCGCCAACCAGGCAUCCAGAGAUCUCCCAGGUGGUGGGAACUGGACCCAUGCCAGUAGCAAAACGCACCUGGCGCCUGGCUAAUUUCUAACACUUGUAGGUAGCCAGGGUUGUAUAUGGCUAUCUUGGUGAUGCUUAAGAUCAGCACAAAGGAAGGCCUGCAGCAAAUGUUUGAACCAUAAGCACACUAUUUUGUAGCUAUGUCUGAAUAGUGUUGAGAGCUUCCUCAACACCAAAUACAUUCCAGGGCUGCUGAGCUAGCAGUUGUGGUUGCAUAUUGUGCACCCACAGAUUUUCACAGAUAUCCUUCUUGAAUGAAUCUUUAUUUGCGUCAGCCAUCGGCCAUAGCAACAAAACAGCAGUGCAAUAAAAGGUCAAUUACAUGAAACACACUUUAGGCUCCUGAAUCAGCGGUCAAAUAGUGGACCUUAUUCUGAUUGCCCCAGCUAAAAACCUUGCAACCUUUGCUGUCAUCUGCUCCUCUUGAUCUGCCAGGAGAAGGACGCUGUGGCAGUGGUUGGGCAACCCAGAAUGGACAAUAAGAGAGGGGUGAUAAUCUCAUUCCUCAAGUCUUUAUAAAGAGUGCAAGCCAGAAGGUCAUUCCACAGAGAUCAGCAACUAAAAUAGGGAACUGAAAAGAAUAUUUACUGAGUUCUUUAGCGCUCUGAUUAUUACAUGGCAAGAUUUCGUAUACACUUCAAGAUGCAGAAGAACCUUGGUAUACAGUCCUGCAUAGUUGCUCAGCUACUUAACUGACAGUUGGGGGGGGGGGACACAAGAUUCAGACUCAAAAAGUGAGGGAAUGCCUGUAAUGUGUGUGGGGGAAUUCCACUUUGUGCUAAUUGUGAGUGGCCUUGCUGUGAUUUGAUGUAGGCUAACCAAACAAAGGGACGCGGGUGGCGCUGUGGGUUAAACCACAGAGCCUAGGACUUGCCAGUCAGAAGGUCGGCAGUUCGAAUCCCCGUGACGGGGUGAGCUCCCGUUGCUCGGUCCCUGCUCCUGCCAACCUAGCAGUUCGAAAGCACACAGUGCAAGUAGAUCAAUAGGUACCACUCCAGCGGGAAGGUAAACGGCGUUUCCGUGCGCUGCUCUGGUUCACCAGAAAGCGGCUUAGUCAUGCUGGCCACAUGACCCGGAAGCUGUACGCCAGCUCCCUCGGCCAGUAAAACCAGAUGAAUGCUGCAACCCCAGAGUCGGUCGCGACUGGACCUAAUGGUCAGGGGUCCCUUUACCUUUACCUUUAACUGAACAUGCAAACUAGACUUUUCUCUCCCCUUCUUCUCAGCUAGCUGGACAGUAAAGAUGGAUUUCUCCAAACUUCCCAAAGUACGUGAUGAAGACAGAGAGGAUGCCUUUGGCUAUGUCUUUGGAGUUUCAGGACCUGGUAAGUGCCCUUGGUAUGUCUACUUUAAAUGAGCAGCAGUGAAAUGGUGCUUAGAAAGAAGUAUCUUCCAUAGUCGUGUCCAGGAGAGGCAUGGUCUGAAAGCUCUGGACAGGAUGAUAGGAGUUAUUUGGGAACCUGCAUCCUUUCAUCUGACAGAGUCCCUUAAACGCCCCCUUUCUCAAGGAAGAGCACAUCUGCAUGGACUGAACAUCAGGGCUUUUGUGACAUUAGGAACCACCAGCCAUCUCCUUUCUUGCUGACCCUACUGCAUGUCUUAACUGCAAAUCUCAAGGUCAUGGGUUCGAGCCCUGGGCUAGGCAAAAGUUUCCUGCAUUGCAGGGGUUGGACUAGACUUUGUGGUUUUUCCAGCUUUCCAUCUUUAUGAUUCUGUGACCUCAUGACAGUAUUCUCCUCUGCGCACACACAAAAAUUGCUCUACAAAGUAGCAUGCCAGGGAGAAGGCUAGACUAGAACCCUGCUUCGUGGCAUCUACCUUUCUUUAAGGAAGGAACAUACAUGCAUCAUUCUGUUUGUAGACUGCCUUUCCACAGUUCAAGCCAUGCUCGAGGCAGCUUGCAAAACGGAAACGAAUUGCAUAGUUACGAACAUAGCAAAAGUAGUUAUAAAGCAAAGCGUCAAAGAGUACAGAACCAAAUUGAACAUUUCCAUAUAAAUCAUAAGAUCUAAAAUAAAGAUGCAAAAAUUAAUAUCAAUAGCAGCAACAACUGGCAUCCUCACAAAGCUCCCUAAAUGACACCUCAGCCCACUCGUCUGUUCAGCAGCCCCAGAUUUUGUAGCUUUAGUGAGUCGGCCCCCACCCUCCCAGGCCAGCUGGAAAAGGCUAGCAAGACAGGGAGCAGGUCUUCCAGGAGUCGCAGCCGAAAAGCCUAAACACGUGGUUACCUUACCACUUCAGUAAUAGGAGUCUUUCAUGCAUCACAGCAAUAUUUUGGGCUCUACUUCCAGUUGUAAACAAAACACUGUAUUUGCAGAAAUUUAAAAAUGCAAAGCUACUGAAUUGUCCCUUCCUACCAACGGGAAGGGACGUGGGUGGUGCUGUGGGUUAAACCACAGAGCCUAGGACUUGCCGAUCAGAAGGUCGGCGGUUCGAAUCCCCGCGACGGGGUGAGCUCCCGUUGCUCGGUCCCUGCUCCUGCCAACCUAGCAGUUCGAAAGCAUAUCAAAGUGCAAGUAGGUCAAUAGGUACUGCUCCGGCAGGAAGGUAAACGGCGUUUCCGUGCGCUUCUCUGGUUCACCAGAAGCGGCUUAGUCAUGCUGGCCACACGACCCGGAAGCUGUACGCUGGCUCCCUCGGCCAAUAAAGCAAGAUGAGCGCCGCAACCCCAGAGUCGGCCAUGACUGGACCUAAUGGUCAGGGGUCCCUUUACCUUUACCUACCAACGGGAAAUCACAGUUGGAUCUGCAUUCAUCUCUUUCUUUUGUUUCCCCUAGUUGUCACUGCCUGCAACAUGGCAGGUGCCGCUAUGUAUGAACUGGUACGAGUUGGCCACUGUGAGCUUGUCGGAGAAAUUAUCCGGCUGGAGGGAGACAUGGCAACUAUUCAGGUAUAUGAGGAAACCUGUAUCCUUUUGGCUGGUGUGUGAUUUCUGCCAUUCAAGGGUAUGUUGAGCAGCGUAAAAACGAAAACGGGGUGAUGACUUCAGUGGGAGCCAAGAUCCUUGGCUUCAAGUAGUGGGUGCACUUGGCGUACCAGCCAAAGCUUCCGGGCCAAAGUUAUUGCCUAGACACUAGGACACCAUUCUUGGUCUGGAAUUACUUCCAGAUUGCUAGUUUGAUCCCGAAGGGCAAGUGGAACCCCAUCCAUAAUGGGAAUAAUCCUAUCUGUCUGGGGAACUGAGCAAUUCAUUUUGUAUUUUGUAUUUUUUUAAAAACAAAACCCUACCUCUUAAUUAUUAUUAUUAUUAUUAUUAAAGUUUCUUGGGUGUACAAUUGUAUCUUGUAUUUGAAAUUGUAAAAAAAAUAAAUCACAAGUAAGCAAAACAAGGAUGAUGUGUAGAAGGUUAGAGAGACUCAUAUUACACUAGAUUUAUCAGAAUUAUACAGUUCAUUGUAGUAUGGCCUGCGACUCAUUUCCUUUUUUUCCAGGAGGAGGCAAAAAUAGCACCAACCUUUAUUCUGCCCACCUUCAGAACCACAUUGGCUUGCUAAACUCUCCGGGAUGGUUUAUGUUAAGUCAAAGACCUCUGGAGUUGAAACAACUUUGUUGCUAUUCUCUGGAAUGUCUGAAAAUACAGUAAUACCUUGGAUCUCAAAUGCCUUGGUUGCUGAACAAAUCGGCUCCCAAACAAUCGAAAUCCGGAACUGAGUGUUCCAGUUUUCUAACAAUUUCUGGAAGCCGAACAUCCGUCAUGGCUUCCGAUUGGCUGCAGGACGCUCCUGCAGCCAAUUGGAAGCCGCGCCUUGGUUUUCGAACAGUUCCGGACUCUCGGAACGCAUUCUGUUCGAGAACCAAAGUACGACUGUACUUGUUGGCUCACCAAAAUGUUUUUCUCCCUCCCAGAAUGGGAGCCGUUGGCUGGAACAAGUUCCAUUGCAAGAUGUUUUUUGUGUCCCCCCAUGAAGGGUAAUUGGUUAGUGAACCAGUUAAUACAUUUCUAAUUAGCUUGACACCACCUUUAGGAUGCCUUCCUUAACCAAUUGUUUAGCUGGUGUUUCUGUAGGAGACCCCGUACUUCGUACUGGCAAGCCCCUCUCGGUGGAGCUUGGCCCCGGAAUCAUGGGAGCCAUUUUUGACGGUAUUCAGAGGCCUCUGUCAGACAUCAGCACUCAGACCCAGAGCAUUUACAUCCCCAGAGGAGUAAAUGUGACAGCUCUGAGCAGAGAUCUCAAAUGGGACUUCUCGCCUGUCAAAAACCUGCGGGUAAGUUACGGAGAACAUGUUUGCUGUUGAUUGUAUUUUGGCAGCGUUGUUGACCAAACUGAAUUGACCCGCUUUGCAGUUGGGUAUCCAUAAUGUUUUUAGUGCACCUCGCACUGUGAACAUAUAAUACCUCUGUAUAUUAAUACUAGCAGCUUCUUUGACUUGCAGGUUGGCAGUCAUAUCACAGGCGGUGAUAUUUAUGGCCUAGUGACUGAAAACUCUCUUAUCAAACACAAGAUCAUGUUGCCCCCGCGAAACAGGGGGACGGUGACGUACAUUGCUCCACCUGGGAAUUACGACGCAUCUGUAAGUUUUUCAGCAAAUAAUAAGUUUUUCUCUGCUGCCUAAUGUUUUGUCCUUGCAUGAUGCCGGGUUUUGUGUGAACUGUAUCAGACAUGGUAGUACGCGGGAGGAAACACUUCCCAUUUCAUAAAUUUUUGCGCUUGCUCAGACGAUGGAGUCUUUGCAGGUCUGUGUUUUAAGUAGGGGGAAGCAGUGGAGCUAGAGAAAAACUCUGCUCUCAUUCUCCCUUUUCUAGCACCUGUGUUCUUGCCUUGGCUGGGCUGGCUUUCCCAGCAGCCAGGACACGUGUGUGUGUGUGUGAGAGAGAGAGAGAGAAAGAGAGAGAGAGAGAGAGAAAAGGGCCUGAUUAGGGAAGAAGGCGGUGAAGGUACGAUAGACUCAAUUUCACUGAUACACUUAGUGUGCAAGAAAAACUCCAGUGCUCUGUUAUGAGGCCAUGCACUCUGUUAUGCCCUCUGUAUAGACAACUGUGGCCCCUCCAGUAGACCUCCAUAUUCUACAAGCACUGCCUCAGCACUUGUGCAGAGUAUGCAAUCUCUUGGGCAGGGAAGAGACAGGUUACCCGGCUUGGUAAAAUUCCCUCUGUCUCUUCACCCCCAGGGAGUCCUACUGACUUCCACAAAUUCCUGGCAGAUAAGGGUUGCUUGAGGGAUGCCAAAAUUGCCGUCAGCUUGCAGAGGUGGCUUGACGCAGGACCUACCACCACCAGCAGACCUCUUUGCUUCCUGACUAUAAAUGACACCAGGAUCCCACUUUUUAAUAUCAACGUGACUUUGCUGAAGUCAGCAGCAUGCCGUCGUCCUAGUUGACUUUUUGCCAGCAGAGCUUCCAGUACAUCUUGUUUGCUCUUGGUUUCGCCGCCCUCUUGCAGGAUGUUGUGUUGGAGCUGGAGUUUGAGGGAGUGAAGGAGAAAUUCACUAUGGUCCAGGUCUGGCCUGUACGGCAAGUCCGCCCUGUCACAGAAAAGUUGCCCGCCAAUCAUCCUCUCUUAACUGGUCAGAGAGUCCUUGAUGCACUCUUUCCGUAAGUAGCAACUAUGAUCCCAAAGUCUGUUUUUUGCUGCUGCUUUUAGUAGAAAAGUUCUCCAGUUAUGUAUAGUAGAACUAUCGCUGACAGCAUAACUGAAAUAAGUGUGUGUGCCAUGCUUACAGCACUAAAACCACGAUAAAGAUUUUAAUAUUAAAAAGCUGAAGAUCUUUCUGUUAAUGCUGAACCACGUCUUUGGUUGUGUUUUCCGUUUAAAUCUUUGCAUAUAGAGAGAAAGGGGUUUGGGCAAGAACGAGCAAACAUAUACAGCCCAUGCAAACUGCCAGUUUACAUAGGAGCAAGAGCAAAGGUUUCUGUUUGCUGCUUUUGCUAUAACAGAACCAUAUUUCUUUGAAACAUUUUUAUUUCACUCUUUAGCUGAAGGAGCUCCAAAGUGGCUUUCAAAGUUCAUUAAGAGUGCUCACAGGGUACAACUACUCUUCUGACAUUUUAAAUACUGCUGGAGUAGGGCAGGAUACCUUAAAUGGUCAGACUCAGCAUGUCCUCUUUAAAUCUUGGGACUUGUGCCAAUUUAAAAAUAUAUGUUGCACUUCCCUUCUAUCUGUUUGUCCAUUGUGUCUUUCCCUCCAAGUUUAAAUACUAAUUUAGUCUAUAUUCUUCAUUUAGGUGUGUUCAAGGAGGCACAACGGCUAUUCCUGGGGCUUUUGGCUGCGGAAAGACUGUGAUUUCUCAGUCUCUAUCCAAAUAUUCCAACAGCGAUGUUAUCAUAUAUGUAGGCUGUGGGGAACGAGGAAAUGAAAUGUCUGAAGUCCUCAGAGACUUCCCCGAGGUCAGUAUUGGGUAUGGAAAUGCUGUUCAAGCAAAACGUAGGCGGUGGUCUUUGUGCCUCAAUCCAGUUCUAAUCUAAGCAAAGUGUGUGGAUUUGGGGAGGGGAUUAAUGUCCAAGUCGAUUUAGCUUGACUUAAAUUGAGUAAACAAAGCUAUAAGGGGCAAUCUUAAUAUUCCAUUUUAGUUUUCUCCAUAAACCGUGGAGCACAUGUGAAUAGGAAUAUAGGGCAACCCUGAGUUUGGAAGUGAAAUGUUGAAGCAGUCCAGUUAGGACUCUUGCUGUAAUUGAAUUUCAAUGUCUACUGAUGACCCUUCAUACUUACAUUUAGAAGAAUUCAUGCCAUUAGCCUUAUUUAGAUAUUCUGCUCUCAUGUAAAACAUAACACGUGAGCAGGGAGAGCGGUGGCUGAGUAUGUCAACCUCCACCCUUCUGUUCUCAUCCCCACUCACGGAUAGCCAAGGUCUGGAGCAGGGUGCUGAAUCUACCUGUGGAGGUUUUGUGUGCAUGCUUCUUCUGUCUGUCUGUCUGUCUGCCUCUCUCUCUCUAUAUGUAUAUAUAUUCAUGUAGGUUUCACACAUAAGGCGAAUGCCCAGAUAGGGUCAUUAUGUUCAGCAGAUUCAGUCCUGUUUCUGGGGUUUAUGCCAUCUUCUUUUAUUGAUUCUAGGUUUCUUAUCUCUAUUACACAAUUUAUUGAUCAUACCUUGCCAAACCUUUAUCUCUGUCUCCGAUAUCUUAUUUGGUGGCAUUCUAAAUAAAAAAAAUAUUCUAGACAAAAUUUUUAAUUACUCUUCCAAACCAUGAAAGCUUAAUUUUCUUACAUUCCUCCAGCUUUUCCUUAAUUUCCUUUUUUAAUUUGUUGAAAUUCUCUUGUUCAAAAUUUCUUGUUAUUUUUAUUCCCAAUUACUUUAUUACAUUUCUUAAUGUUAUAUCUAUUUUUAUUUCCUUCAAAAAAAAUCAUUUUUCAUCUUCAUCAUAGUUAAAUAUCAUCGCCUCUGAUUUGGACCAAUUAAUUUGCAACCCUCUUAUUUCUCCGAAUUUUGUCAAAUGUGCCUCUUAUUACCUGCAUAUUUUCCAGCGGAUUUUCAGUCCUGUUUCUCUUGCCUUUGCAGCUCACAAUGGAGGUUGAUGGUAAGGUCGAAAGCAUUAUGAAGAGAACUGCUCUGGUAGCAAACACCUCCAACAUGCCUGUCGCUGCCAGGGAAGCUUCCAUCUACACUGGUAAGAGCUGAGAAUACAAAAGGCUAUUUGGUCCUUAAGUUUAUCAUUAAGGAUUUUACUCUGUGCUUAAGACUUGCUGUUUGCUGUAGAAGAGAUUGGUGCCUGUAGUAAAUUACCUCCCACUUGUUCUCCGUUGUGUUUUCUGCAGUCCCUCUGCCUGGGCAGAGCCUCAGUUGGGAAGGUUUUGGAGCUAGACAAGAGUUUUGGCAGGUACCUUGUCUCCUUCCCACCCCAGUGCCAGUGGCCUCUGUUCCAAAUACUGGCGCUCUAGGCCCCUUCAUUAGGAUCAGAGAUCCCCAUUGUGCAGUUCAAGAGAUGAGGACUGACAUGGAUAUUUAUUUUACCUGCACCUGGUCUCCGAGGCGGUACCUACCUCAGUUACUUGCCCUCCCCUCACCAUUCCAGAAGACAUGUGCCUACGGUUACAGCCUUUGAGCCUCUGUUGUCUCCUCUAGGAAGGUGACCCUAACAAAGUCAUAUGGCAUCAGCACCUCCAGUUCUGACGCAUCUGUGGCGGUUGCUACUUUUCAACUAGACGUGAUUCCCUGGCUUGUCCUUCUCUUCAGUGAAGCUAAAUACAGUGCUACCUUGGUUCUUGGACUUAAUCUGUUCCAGGAGGCCGUCCAACUCCCAAAACGGUUUGAAAACCAAGGCGCGACUUCCGAUUGGCUGCAGGAGCUUCCUGCACUCAAUCGGAAGCCACGUCGGAUGUUCGGCUUCUGAAAAACGUUCGCAAACCAAAACACUGCAGUGUUUGGUAGCCGACUUGUUGGGGAGCCAAGCUGUUCAACAGCCAAGGUACCCCUGUAUUGGAGGACUAAGGAUAUAAAAAGAACUUCACACAGUGAAGUGGGACGCAGUUUUUUCAACAAUGGUGCCAGAAUUGGGACGGACUCUCUUUGGGCUGGCUUCCUAUAUAAAUGGUUGGAACUGUUCCUACAGCUCUAUCCCUCUGAAUUGACUGGUUGCCAGUAUUUCUGUGGACUGAGCACACCGCAGCCCGGUAACCCCAUGGUGCUGCAAGACAGGCCCGGUUUGUUGUGUAGCUCAGACUCCUAUUUUGCAUCUCAGCUGUACCACUUUGGGAAGCCUUGCUUUCUCAGAAAUACCUUAAGGGACUGUUUUUAGUAGUAGUUGUUCUUAAUCUGUAAACUAUAAACAUCAGUAACCCCCAAAAAUUGUAAUAAUCCAAAGCAAUGCAAAACAACAGUGUUAAUGUUGUGUAUGCAAAGUGCUUAGAAAAAGGGCUAUUGUUAACUGAGAACUACAUGUGCUAAAAGAAAGUGGUCUGGUCCCUUUGCCCUACAGUAUGAUGGGUAUUUCUAUUUAUUUCCAAUUUUGUAAUAAAUAAAAUUUAAAAAUGGUGCUGGGUUUCUGUCUAGGAACAUGUAAAUACUGCUAUGAAAUACAGGCCUACCUUGGUUUUCAAACAGCUUAGUUCUUGAACAUUUUGGCUCCUGAACGCCGCAAACCCGGAAGUGACUGUUCCGGUUUGCGAACUAUUUUUGGAAGCCGAACGUCCGACGGGGCUUCCACGGCUUCCGAUCAGAAGCUGCGCUUUUCCCCCAAAAUGUUUUGGAAGUGGAACAGACUUUCGGAACGGAUUCUGUUUGACUUCCAAGGUACGACUGUAGUGGUAAGGGCAAGAACACGAGACAAAAUGGUCUGCAAAUAAUAUUGUAGGGCACAGGUGAGAAUUGAAACGAGUGGUGAAACUUUCCUCCUGACGCUUACCUUUCCGUUACUUUUUUACAAAUCUGAGAGUCUAUAAAUGCUUCUAGGAGGUUUCUAAGUUAAGCCAUCAUCAGCCGGGAUCUCUACUGUUUGUGACAUCUGACCUGCCAUUCUUGUUCUUUUGCAGGGAUCACCUUGUCUGAGUAUUUCCGCGACAUGGGCUACAAUGUCAGUAUGAUGGCUGACUCUACAUCCCGAUGGGCGGAGGCCCUUCGAGAAAUUUCGGGACGCCUCGCUGAGAUGCCUGCUGGUAAGCCUUCCGCUUCUGACGACCGCCUUGGGCGGCUUCUCCAGCAAAGGCCCUGAACCUUCCUGUUUUUGGGGAAGCUAACUUUCCCUUUGUCUGUGUUGAUGUCUGCAGACAGCGGUUAUCCAGCCUAUCUCGGCGCCCGCUUGGCUUCUUUCUAUGAACGGGCCGGCAGAGUCAAGUGUCUGGGGAACCCAGAGAGGGAAGGGAGCGUCAGCAUUGUGGGAGCGUAAGUAUAGCAAAGUCCCUUGGCCCUUCAUUUCUUCAGCUGGGAUUUGCAAUGUCUGUCUUGUGCAAAGCAGAGCAUUCCCUGUCUCCCGAGGAGCGACAUAAGGAAGGCGAAAUAGAUAAGUCAGGGUCACAGUGGCACAAGGGUUUAGUCAUGGGAAGCAAUGCAGGGAAGGCCAAGGCCAGGACUAGUCAGUGGAGGAUGACAAAGCCAGAGGGAGACAUUCAGUCUUCAGUUUGUUGAUUCUCUGCCAUGCUAGGGAAGGUGGAAUCCAGAGCCAGCUGCUUUAGUGGAACCAACUAUGCAGUACCCAUGUCAGAAUUUGAACCUGUAGGAUUACCAUGCCAUUUCUAGGGAAAACUAAUGAGUGGGGGUAACCACCCUAUCUCUUUGUGCUUUCUUCUUCAAAACUGGAUAAAGGUCUUCAAUUAGAAUCUCAUUAGUCUGACCCAGUCAGCUUUGAUGUGUCUGUGUUACGGCUGCUUUCACUGAGCCUACUUGAUAUUCACUGCAGCUUCAAAAAAGGAGUAAGUCACGGAUGGGGUACCUGUGGCCCUCAACAAGUCGUUGGACUACAAGUCCCAUCAUUCCCAGCCAGCACUGGUCAAUGGUCAGGGAUGGUGGGAGUUGUUGUCACAUCAGCUGGAGGGCCGCUGGUUCCCUAAACCUGAUUUAAAUAUUAGGAGCGCCUCUCCUUAUAUCAACCUCCCCCUCUAUUAAGAUCUGCUGAAGGGGCCCUUGUUGUCCUACCUAUUCCUGGAGCACGUUGUGUGGGGAUGGGGCCUUUUCUGUGGUGGCAUCCCAACUAUGGAACAACCUCUGUCACAAGAUUUUGGCUAUUUUCUGACACCACACAAACAUUUUAUCCUUCCAGACUUUUACUGGGCAUUGCUCUAUGAAGAGCUGAGGAGUGUCACUGGGGGUGGAUCUGAUCCUGAGUCAUAGACUGCUGUGGAUCUGUUGUUUUUACUGAAUUACAUUUAUUGUGUUUGAUAAUCUUCUUGCCAGGUGACCCGUUCUGUGUUCCUGCUUCUUUAAAAUAUUUCGCUUUGAUUUCAUGGUUAUGCUUUGAGUUCUUACGCGCCACAUAGAUACAUUUUCAUUGUGGACUAGAAAGGAGUAAAAUGAUAAAUGUGGCUUGAGUGUGUGUGUGUAACUGCACUGAAUUAGUCUUAACCCUUGGUAUGGUACCAAGGAGGGACGCGGGUGACGCUGUGGGUAAAACCUCAGUGCCUAGGGCUUGCCAAUCGCAUGGUCGGCAGUUCGAAUCCCCGUGACGGGGUGAGCUCCCGUCUUUCGGUCCCAGCUCCUGCCCACCUAGCAGUUCGAAAGCGCCCCUAAGUGCAAGUAGAUAAAUAGGUACCGCUUUCUAGCGGGAAGGUAAACGGCGUUUCCGUGUGCUGCGCUGGUGCUGGCUCGCCAGAGCAGCUUCGUCAUGCUGGCCACGUGACCUGGAAGUGUCUCCGGACAGCGCUGGCCCCCGGCCUCUUAAGUGAGAUGGGCACACAACCCUAGAGUCGGACACGACUGGCCCAUACGGGCACGGGUACCUUUACCUUUAUGGUACCAAGGACUGGGCUUAUUUCUACAACAUCUAGUUCAUGCUAGACUAUGAUUUACAACACUGCAUCAAGGAUGAAAUCUGGGUUUGGCAUUUCCCCCAUCCCCUUGUCUCAGAUUGUGUUUCAGAAGAAGUUGUGUGUGGGGGGGUGCAAAUAUGAGCACCGAGUUGCCAAGUCACACAACUGCUGUUCCCCAUGAAAUGUCUAUUGCUGCUGUUCAUAUCUCUCUCUCUCUCUCCUUCUUUCCUACCUAUGCUCAGUGUCUCUCCUCCGGGCGGUGACUUCUCUGACCCUGUAACUUCUGCUACUCUGGGCAUCGUUCAGGUAGGUUGAGGUUCUGGUUCCUUAACUGAACGCAAGCUUCACUUUCCAGUGGUCUUCUGCUGCCUGUGCCCAGUGACUUGAUUCAUCUAGCCCAGCGUUGUCCACUAUCAACAGUGGCUCAUUGGGAUCUUGGCCAAAUGCCUUUCUCUAGUGGUUGGGCAGUACUUAUUUCUGGGAAUUACCUUCUCUUGGGCUGAUGGGCAAGAUUCUCUAGCAAGUACCCCCUUAAAGGGGAGCGGGGUCUUCCCUCCACCCCAGGACUGACUCUGCCUAGCUAGAGGGCAACAGAAGUUUGGCGCAGCUCAUAUCCAGGGCACAGGACACCUGAAAUGAGAGGGGAGCUGAUAUUUGAGGGAUUCUCUUUAACAUCUGAAUCAUGACAGGGCCGUGCAUUACCUGGGCUGAUGGGCUAGAUGAGAGCCAAUCAUCUGAAAUUGAAUCCUUAUGGUGAAUGGUUCCUGGGUUCAAGAGUUGGGAAACUUCCUAUUUUGGAUGGGGUUACACUCCCUCUUGACUGGGACGCGGGUGGCGCUGUGGGUUAAACCACAGAGCCUAGGGCUUGCCGAUCAGAAGGUCGGCGGUUCGAAUACCCGUGAUGGGGUGAGCUCCCGUUGCUCGGUCCCUGCUCCUGCCAACCUAGCAGUUCGAAAGCAUGUCAAAGUGCAAGUAGAGACCAGGGAGAAGAGUCGGUGGAAGAAGAUUGGAAGAAAUUUAAAGACUACUUACAGAAAUAUUGUAAAAUUAAUGAAUGUUAGAAUGAUGACGGAUUGAAGUUAAGCGGUUUCUAGCGGUAAUGGUAUAAAAAAAUAUGGAAAAAAUGGUUUUUAAUAUGUAAAAAUUUAAUGUUAUAAUAUAUCAAGAUUAAAGAUCAGGAUUAAAAAAGAGGGAAAGGAAUUGCUGGACUAACAUAUUGAAUUGGAACACAAAAGAGUGAGGUAUGAGGAGGUCCGGGAAACAAGUAAAUGUAAAAGAAGUGAUGAAAAGAUGGAAUUGUUUUUAACUGUUUUUUCUUUUUUGUAUUUUGUAUUUUGUAUUUUUCCUUUUUAUUGUUAAUUUUCUUAUUAAUGUGAUCUUUUUCUUUUGAAAUUUUAAUAAAUAUUAUUUAAAAAAACAAAAAACAAAGUGCAAGUAGAUAAAUAGGUACCGCUCCGGCAGGAAGGUAAACGGCAUUUCCGUGCACUGCUCUGGUUCGCCAGAAGCGGCUUAGUCCUGCUGGCCACAUGACCUGGAAGCUGUACGCCGGCUCCCUCGGCCAAUAAAGCGAGAUGAGCGCCACAACCCCAGAGUCGGUCACGACUGGACCUAAUGGUCAGGGGUCCCCUUUACCUUUACACUCCCUCUUAUACAUAGUUUCAGGAUACCCCCAAGGUCAGUUGUAGUCAUUAGAUGACCUCAGUAGCAAGGAGUCAGCUUCACUUGGUAUGUCAACUGUUGGACAGUGUUAGAUACUGAAUGAAAAAUGGCCUUUUUCGCUUGGGGGUUUCUCAACAGUUGAUCUCUGGAUCAUGCGAUUAUACUGUUUAUUGUUUUUAGUUUGUAUCAGAAGUCAAUAUUUCUUCUUUUAAAAAUGAUUUUUUUAUCAGUGGUGAUUUAUUAUUAUCAUCUGUAUGUGUGUAUUGCUCUGCUGUGUGUUUUAGAGACCUUGAACCCUGGUUAUUUUAGAGUCUCUGACUUUCUUAUUGCAAACUGCUUGGAGAGAGACCCGCAUUGUGUAGCAAGCCGUCUGUAAGUUGACUAAAUGAAUAAAAGCCUGGUUGCUUGGCAGGUGUUCUGGGGCUUGGAUAAGAAGCUUGCUCAGCGGAAGCACUUCCCAUCUGUGAACUGGCUGAUCAGCUACAGCAAGUACACACGCGCUCUCGACGAGUACUAUGACAAGCACUUCCCAGAAUUUGUCCCCUUGAGGACUAAAGCAAAGGAGAUCUUGCAGGAAGAGGAGGAUCUUGCAGAGAUUGUUCAGCUGGUGGGGAAGGUGAGGAGCGGCAGGGGGAGCAAUGUUUUGGGGAGACAUUUUUCCUCCAUAUUCUCAACUGCUAUAGGCAUGUCUGUGGGAUAAUGCAAUACAGUCCAGCGACGGUGCCUGCCUCUUGGCAUCAAUGGGGUGGGUGAAGGACUUGGGCGAGGAUAGCGGCAGGACUAAAACGGUUUAGUUAGCAUCUAAAACAGUGGUAGGUGCUGGUACGCAAAUUAUAAGUGAUACGCUCCCUCUCAAAGGGGGUUUUUCUCCCUUAUUGGCAAAACAAGGCUUAGAGUGAGCAGUUUAGGACUGGCAGUGAGUAAAUGAGAAGCGUCUGGAGAUGUGGAGGUUAUCAGAAGCCGGAACAGAAGUUGUAGUUGGGAAAUACGGCGGACAGAUGAUUCAGUAACAGGUGGACUAGAGAAUUUUUUAAAUAAAAUAAAAAUAAAUGAACCUGUAACAUCAGGAGCAGCAGGGAGCCAGGAAGCUAACGAGUCUCUUUCACUUCUAGGCUUCCUUGGCAGAAACAGACAAAAUCACAUUGGAAGUUGCCAAGCUCAUUAAAGAUGACUUCCUGCAACAGAAUGGCUACACUCCAUAUGACAGGUUUGCAGCUAUCUAUUUUCACAAGAGUUUCUGAUGUUUCAGGAGCUGAAAUGGGCACUGAAGAAGUAGACAGUGUUACGCUAGACUUUUCCCAGUUAACUUUCAUGGGGGAAGAAGGGCAUUAGAAUUUUGGUCUCUUCCUGCAGCAGUUUGCUGUUCCGUGACUCAUCUGCUGCCGAGAAUAAAAUGUCAUCUCCAGAAAGCAGGAGCAAGAACAGCUUUCAGAUUUGCUUAGCUGCCCUGGAACUCCUUAACCUGUAGAAAUCUGUUGAGCUUAUGGUAGCGUUAUAAGAAAAACUGCUCCCUUUCCCUUAUGGGAUAUUAAGGAGCCCAUAAAGAGUCCUUAAGUGGGUUCCCUAUUGGUAGGAAAAAACAGGGGCCACCCAGAGAAUAUUGAGAAGCGGCUAGUAAGCCUGAUCUUUAUUCAAGGAACUGUUGCAACAGGGUCCCCACUCACCACACGCAGGAGGGAGGAGAACCCUGAACAAUGGUGCGCAAGCCCUUAUAUAGACUUUGGAAACUGCCCACCCUGUAGCCCCAGACCACCCCUUGAAACAUCAUAGAUACAUCACAGGAGGUGGUCUACAGCAGAAAUCCUGUCUGCCAGGAUACCUGAUAAUGGUCACUGAUUGCCCUACCUGGGCAGCCUGGCCAUUCUUUUAUGAUGGUUAAUAUUUUAGUUCCUGAGUCCAGGUCACAGGCUCACCCUAUUCAUUCACAAAUGCGUCCUUAAGACAGGACUUGCAAGCCUCCUCUGCUUUUUUUCUGUUAGGUUCUGCCCAUUUUAUAAGACAGUGGGAAUACUGUCCAACAUGAUCGCCUUUUAUGAUAUGGCACGUCGAGCGGUUGAGACCACUGCCCAGAGUGACAAUAAGAUCACUUGGGCCAUCAUCAGAGAGAACAUGAAUGAGAUUCUUUACCGACUCACAUCAAUGAAAUUCAAGGUAUGUCCUCUGUGUGAGGGAGAGUUACAGCAAAACAAACCGAGAUUCCUUCUCCUGGCUGUGUUAGGCGGUCUCCAUUUUUGGGUAGCGUGAGGACAUUGUCAGAAUGCCCCCUAUUUAACUUGGCAAGCAUUUGAGGCCCAACUUGGCAGUGUUGUGUUUUUAUAUUUAAGAGAAAACAAAAAGAUGAAGUAGGCAAUUUUCAUAUUCCAUUCUUCACUCCCACUGCCAGCAGGUUAUUGUGUCAUAGAAUUCUACUCAAUAAAUAAGCCCGAGCAGAUUCCAAUGUAUAGUUAGCAGAGUAAAAACUUAAAACACAUUGCGGGAUUCCACCAAAAUAGACCAGAGGUAAUUAAUAUUUAAUCCAGCAGAGCUUUACUACUACUGAAGGCAAAUAAGCAUAAUGGCCAUUGUGUUAUUAUGUGGUCGUUUGACAUGAGCUAUAAAGUAAGAUUAAAAUUGUCUCCAGUUGAGCCUUACCCCUUUUAAAAAUAACAAAACUUAAGGAAAGGGCUACAUUAGUGGUCACAGUGAUCCACAGUCUCUUCUCCUCUGACCACAAGCCAUAUUUCAUUUAUCAAUUUGAGAUCAGUGAUUAGACUAGUCUUGCCAUGGCCGCAGUUGGCUGUUUGUGGGAUGAACAUGGCUGUUGUCCACGCUGACAGUUUUGCUUUUUUCUAGUCCAUCCAGACAGUGGUUUAAAACUGUGUUACCUCAAUCCAAUGGGAAGAGGAGAGUAGAAUGCCUUCCACGUACAGUGGUACCUUGGUUCUCAAGCUUAAUCCGUUGCGGAAGUCCAUUCCAAAACCAAAGCGUUCCAAAACCAAGGUGCACUUUCCCAUAGAAAGUAAAGCAAUCCGUUCCAGACGAUUAACAACAACCUCUCAAACAGCCAUUUAACAUGAAUUUUACUAUCUAACAAGACCAUUGAUCCAUAAAAUGAAAGCAAUAAACAGUGUAGUGCAGACACACAAUCAAUCAGUCAGUCAAUCAAUCAAUCAAUCAAUCAGUAGUUGAACUGGGUUCCACAAAGUCACAAAAAAAGAGCCACAAAAAUGCAAAAUAGCAAAAACAGACAGACCUCAGCGUAACACCAAAAUUGGAAGUGUGGCACUCAAAUUGGAAGCGUAACACUCAAAAUGGAGCACGUUCGGGUUCUGAAAAAAGUUCUCAAACCGGAAAGCUUACUUCCAGGUUUACAGUGUUUGGGUUCCAAGUUGUUUGAGUACCAAGGCACCACUGUAUUGAUAAAUGUAUGGGCACUGGGGGUAGAAAUUGCCUAGGAAGGAAAUACGCCUGGCAACCUCCUUCCUGACAAUGAACCACAAAGCCCCAGCAAUUUCUGAGUUUUGGUCUGUCCAAUUUCAGGACCCAGUGAAAGAUGGAGAGGCAAAGAUCAAAGCAGACUACGCCCAGCUCUUUGAAGACAUGCAGAAUGCGUUCCGCAGUUUGGAAGACUAGAGUCACGACUCUUCUGGAGCCCCAACUGAGUGUGUUCCUCAUCUCCGUCUUCUUGCUUUUCCAUGGAUAGAAGAUGCACACUUCACUGAAGAUUUCCUUUUAUCUUUGAAAACAUUCCCAUUUAGUUUGAUAGCUGUGUGUUUGUGUGUGUAAAUCUGAUCUUAAGAGCGUAAAACAGGUUUUGUAAAGGUCCCUUUGAGGUUGGAAGUCUCCUUUACCAGAUUUGACCUCUUAGCCGGCAGUUUCCCUUUCUUUGGAAGAGAACCAGGGGAGCUCAAGAGUUUUUCUGGGAGAGAGGAAAAAACACAUAUGCUGCUGUAUAUGUAUAGAUGGCAUUGGGGCACUUGAACCCUUUUUCCUGGAUUACUGCUAUUCAGUUGAGGCAAUUCGGAUGCAUCAGAGAUAGGAUUUAUUUAUUGUACUUUAAUGUUGCUGCUGCUGCUGCUGCUACCCUGGAAAAAAUCAAAUCUAUAGUUAAAAUUACUUAGCUACAAUAUUAUUUCACUAUUUUCCUGUUUCAUCCAGUGUGUUGAAAAUUUGCAGGCUUGUGGGGCAAAGAGGAGUGCCCAGCAGCAAUCUUUCUGCUCAUCUUAUCCGAGGAAGCACAAUUUUCCUUAAAUACGAAUUACAUUUAUUUCUCACAACAAUGGUUGCUUCCAGCUAGUAAUGGGUUCCACUCCCUUCCUAGAUCAUCUCCACCCCCAAAUACAGAAAUUAAGUCACAUCUCUGUGUGCUGCAGCUUAAUAUAUAUUUUUGCCUAUAUGCAGUGGGACAAGGCAGAAACUUAAUCAUUGUUUUUCAUUGGGACAAGGCAGCAGUCCUCUCCUCUGCCUCCUUGCCUGCGUUAUUCUUUGCAUUUACCGCAACAAUUAAAGCAAAAUUGGAAGCCACACAUUUUUUACUUUGGAUUUUUGUUUUUAUUUCAAUCACUGGAAUAGCGGAACAGUAGUUCUUAACAUUAUAGGGUAGGGAUGGGGGUAGAGAGGGGAAGGUCUGGGGGAAAACUGGAAAAAUUGGGGGGGUCAUUUCCCCCCCCAAAGCCGUUUUUCCGGGGGGGGGACGACAGCCUGGGGGGAAUGGGGGGUGGACCUAGUCCCCCCUCAAUUUUUCUGAUUUUUCCCAGGCUUUCCCGUCUCUAGAUGGGGAGCCUUUGGCUGUCUGAAUUUUACUGGACUCCAGCUCCCAUCAGUCUCAGGUCGCAUGGCUGGUGGUUAGGAAUGAUAGGAGUUGUAGGCAGACAGCAGCUGGAGCCUAUAGGUUUCCCCAUCCCUGUGGUGGAGUAAGAGAAUAUAGAAUUUGUCAUUUUACAGAGCUGAUGAUUUUGGGACGUUUGCUCUGCUAGUCUUGUCUUCCAGGACACGUGAGCAGUACUGCUCAGUUACCUUCUCGUGUGCCGGGUAGUAUUUUCUCACCUUGGAGAAGUUAGCUACUUUUCCUGGUGCUCAUGUUCUGAUUACAGUUUCAGUAAUGAAGAAGAACCUUAGUUUUCACUGAAUAAACAUCUAGUGCCAUCGUGUCACUGCUGCAAAAACACGGGUUCCUAGCAAAAAAGACCUAAUGCCCCUUCUGGGUCAGUUUCCUAUUCUAAACAGCAGAAAACCCACUUAACAGAGUUGCAGAAUGGUUAUAAUUGCAGGUGACACUUGUACAAGUUAAAUGCUCCAUCUCUCUCUCCACCCAAAAAUAAAAUAACAUUGCCAGGAAGUUUCUAGGUUCCUAACCCCCAGGCGUAUCUUGUCUUUAAGUUAAAUGCCAGUUAAAACCUAACUGCAUAUUGACAUUAUUGUUGGUUCUGCAUUGAGUGUCAGUUUCCUCAAGCGUGGCGUAUGAAUGAUUUGUGCAAAACCCACUUUUGCUGAAAACCUAAUUGACUGUACUGUGCUGUAGCAUUUCAUGCCUAUGAAACCGAUAACUACUUUAAGAGGAUGCUGUAAAAUUUUACGAACUAUAUCUGAAAUAAAGAUGUCUAUUUAUUGUGCUGUACCUGCCUAAAACUGGCCAGUUCAGUUUCAUAUAUAUUUUGUCUCCUUGUUUUGUGUCUGUUUUUCAGUGUUAGAAAAAUAACUUGCUGUGCUGCUGCAAAUUCUUGGUUCACCAAAAAAUGGAGGAAUGAGACAAGGUGGGGAGGGGAGGGGAAGCCUGUAUAGUAAGUACAUUAUCUGUUGCUAGAAACUGUGUACAUUGUUGAAGUAACUGAGAAUAAAAAAUGGAUUUAGAAUA